AUGCGGCAGCCCCUUUUCACGGCACCAGCACCGGCACCCACACCGGCACCCACACCCACACCAACACCAUCACCGACACCAUCAAAAUCACCGAAAAAACCUCCUCCUCUUCCACCGACUUCGCCGCGUGGAAACACCAUCUCAUCCCCCAAGACUCACGUCACCUACCCAGUGCGCGAUCUGCUAAAGGUCAGUAACCACCCACCCGCCGCCUUCGACGACCUGGCGAUCUUGAGGCCUGGAUGGGUGCGGUACUGGGCGUGGUCAGGUCCGUAUAACGGACUGGGGUACUCACUCUAA